AUGGUCCAACAGCUGAGGUGUUUUGCUGGGGAAGUGACAAGGGUGUCUAGGUUAGGCGGGCAGGCAGUCGUCGAAGGUGCCAAGGGUGCUUGGCGACAACUCACUGAUGUCGUCAACACCCUCACCGCCAAUCUCUUCGAACAGUUACGCGCCAUUGCAGGCGUGACUAAGUCAAUAUCCAGAGGCGACCUCAGCCAAAACGGGCCAUUGUUGUCAUGUCCACAUUGCAAGCCCUUCUUAUGGGCCCGCCUCGUCUGCCAGAAGGACGAGGCCUUUUUUGGGUCCAGUCCCAUGUUGGAAGACAUUAACUGGGCCGAUUGUGUCUGCCCAACCGCCAAGGAAGUGGCCACCCUCACUGUGGAAAUGGCAGAUGCUUCCCCUAACCCCAUCUGCCCCCCCCCUCAUGUGUCUCUCUCUACAUUGUUCACCCCAUGA